CCUGUGCUUUUUCACUAAUCGAUUGUUAAAUGAUCGAUCAGUCACCUGUGUCGUUCUUUAUAAAGGUCGUUCUACGUGAUUUGUCAGCCAUUUGAUGUUUGUACUCACUAGUAACAAGACACCAGUGUAUUGACACAAUAAAGGAAUCGUUAGUUGCCUUGAAUCUGUACCUGGGAUACAUCAAUUGUAGUAUCCCCGCACCACAGUCCUUAGGGACUAAUUAAUGGUUGACAUUUUAAAGUGAUUUCAGACAUUCGAAUAUUGGUCUCCUGUUAGAUACGUCAAGAUGGUGUGUGACAAGUGUGAGAAGAAACUGGGAAAAGUAAUAACUCCAGAUCCAUGGAAGUCAGGUGCCCGAAAUACAGUAGAGAGUGGUGGACGUAAAAUAGGUGAAAACAAGGCCCUGUCAGCAGCGAAAAAUCGCUUCAAUCCUUACACAGCAAAAUUUGAAAUAUGUAAAAUAUGUAGGCAAAAGGUACAUCAAGUCGGUUCCCAUUACUGUCAGUCUUGUGCCUACAAAAAAGCUAUCUGUGCUAUGUGUGGAAAAAAACUCAUGAGUACUAAGAAUUAUAAACAAUCCGCAACGUAACUAAAAUUCAAUAAUGCUAAAUAAUUUUCUGUUGUACAUAAUCACUUGAUAACGAAUCCUCAUGAAUUGUAAUGAACAAAAAUUUAUUUUUUCUUAAAGUAUAAAUUAUUACUACAUACAAUACAACAACUGCUCGCUAGAUUAGAAAAAAAUAAUAAUUAUAAUAAUAAAAUUUACAAUAUUGUGUGAUUACUAUUGUAACAUUUAUAUCAAUAAUAUGUUUUAUAUAUAUAA